UCCCUCCGGACACCUGCGGCCAUGGCCAAGGGCUUCUUCAUCAGCAAGACUUUGGGCAUCGUGGGCAUUGUCCUGGCGGUGGCUGCUCUCGCCACCAUCAUUGCCCUGUCUGUUGUCUACUCUCAGCUGAAGCAGCAGGUGAACGAUGAUGGGCUGAGCACCACGGCAGCCAUCCCCUCUGCCAGCACACCUGGCCACACCCCCGGCGCCCCCAGCACCACCACCACCAGCAAGCCGGGCUCCACCACCAGCACCACCACCACCAGCACCACCAGCCCUGGCACCACCGCCCCCGGGCCUCAGAACCCCUGGAACGAGUGGCGGCUGCCCAAGACGCUGCAGCCCGAGAACUACACCGUCUCCCUGCAGCCCCACCUGACACCCAACAGCCAGGGCCUCUACGUCUUCCAGGGCAACAGCUCCGUGCGCUUCGUGUGCCUGGUGGCCACCGACCUCAUCCUUAUCCACAGCAAGAAGCUGAACUACACGCAGCAGGGGGCCCACCUGGUCGCCCUGGUGGGGGUGGGUGAGGCGCCCACCCCCAGCAUCGUCUCCACCUGGGAGGAGAAGGACACUGAAUACCUGGUGGUCAAGCUUGAUGGUCAGCUGCAGGUCAACCAGUCCUACGAGCUCCACAGCAGCUUCACUGGGGAGCUGGCAGACGACCUGGCCGGCUUCUACCGCAGCGAAUACCAGGAGGAAGGGGAACCCAAGGUGGUGGUGGCCACAACACAGAUGCAAGCAGCCGAUGCCCGGAAGGCCUUCCCCUGCUUUGACGAGCCCGCGAUGAAGGCUACCUUUGCCGUGACCCUCAUCCACCCGCCUGACCACGUGGCCCUCUCCAACAUGCCCGUGCAGGAUGCUGAAAACGUGACCCUCAAUGACGGCAGCGUGUGGACCAAGACGACCUUCCAGCCCACUCUCAAGAUGUCCACCUACUUGCUGGCUUUCAUUGUGAGCCAGUUUGAGGCGGUAGAGGCCGAGCAGAACGGCACCAAGAUCGGGAUCUGGGGCCGGCCGAGAGCCAUCCGGGAGGGGCAGGGGGCUUACGCCCUCAACGUCACGGGGCCCAUCCUCAGCUUCUUUGAGAGGCACUACAACACCGCCUAUCCGCUGAGCAAGUCAGACCAGGUCGCCCUGCCGGAUUUCAAUGCCGGAGCCAUGGAGAACUGGGGGCUGGUGACCUACAGGGAAAACGCCCUCCUCUUCGACCCCCUCUACUCCUCCAUCGGCAACCAGGAGCGGGUGGUGACCGUCAUCGCUCACGAACUGGCCCACCAGUGGUUCGGUAACCUGGUGACCCUCCGUUGGUGGAACGACCUCUGGCUGAACGAGGGCUUUGCCUCCUACGUGGAGUACCUGGGAGCGGAUGCGGCAGAGCCUGAGUGGGACAUCAAGGACCUGAUGGUGUCCAACGACGUGUACCGGGUGAUGGCCCUCGACGCCCUGGCCACCUCCCACCCGCUCUCCUUCCGGGAGGAGGAGAUCCAGAGGCCCACCCAGAUCAGCGAGGUCUUCGAUGCCAUCGCCUACAGCAAGGGGGCCUCGGUGCUGCGCAUGCUCUCCGAAUUCCUCACUGAGGAUCGCUUUAAACAGGGGCUGCAGUCCUACCUGCACGCCUUUGCCUACAGAAACACCAUCUACGACGACCUCUGGACACACCUGCAGAUGGUAAGGAAUGACGUCGACUUCACUCUGCCUGGCAGCAUCAAGGAGAUCAUGGACCGCUGGACCCUGCAGAUGGGCUUCCCUGCUGUGACCGUGGACACCCGCAGCGGAGGCGUGGUCCAGAAGCACUUCCUGCUCGACUCCAACUCCACCGUCCAGCGACCCUCGGAGUUCAAUUACACCUGGAUAGUGCCCAUCUCCUGGAUGACGUCCGACAACCAGACUGGGAUGUACUGGCUGAAGGAGCAGACAGAUACGAAUGCUGACUUUGCCACGACUUCAGAGCCCGGCAAGUGGCUCAUCUGUAACAUCAACGUGACCGGCUACUUCCGGGUCAACUACGACCAGGACAACUGGGACCGGCUACUGGAGCAGCUGCAGGACAACCACACGGCCAUCCCCAUUCUGAACCGGGCACAGCUGAUUGACGACGCCUUCAACCUGGCCAGGGCAAAGUACAUCAGCACGGAACUGGCUCUCAACACGACGCGCUACCUGUCCGAGGAGCUCGACUACCUGCCUUGGGAUGCGGCCCUCAGCAACCUGGGCUACUUCAAGCUCAUGUUUGAUCGCAGUGAGGUCUAUGGGCCGAUGCAGAAAUACGUGAGGCAGCAGGUGAGCCCUCUGUUCAGGCAUUUCCAGGACCUCACCUCCAACUGGACCACCGUCCCCUCCGGCCUGAUGGACCAGUACAACGAGAUUUUCGCCAUCAACACGGCCUGCUCCUACGGUGCCGCUGACUGCCAAGCCCUGGCCUCAGACCUCUUUGGAAGAUGGAAAGACAAUCCCAGCAACAACCCGAUCCCCCCCAACCUGCGCUCCUCCGUCUACUGCAGCGCCAUCGCCACGGGCGGAGAGGAAGCCUGGGACUUCGGCUGGCAGAUGUUUGAGGCGGCCACCGUGGUGUCCGAGAAAGACAAACUCCGCACGGCCCUGGCCUGCAGCCAGCAGCCCUGGAUCCUCCAGCGGUACUUGACCUACACUCUGGACCCCUCCAAGAUCCGGCGGCAAGAUGCCACCUCCACCAUCAACAGCAUUGCCCGCAACGUGUAUGGGCAGAGCCUGGUGUGGGACUUUGUGCGGGCCAACUGGAAGACCCUUUUCGACCAGUACGGCGGGGGCUCCUUCUCCUUCUCCAGCCUCAUCCAGACCGUGACCCAGAGGUUUGCUUCCCAGUAUGAACUCCAGCAGCUGGAGCAGUUCCAGAAGGACAAUGCGGAUGUCGGGUUCGGCUCUGGAAAGCGGGCUCUGGAGCAGGCGCUGGAGAAGACGAAGGCCAACAUCAAGUGGGUGGCGGAGAACCAAGCGGGGGUGCUGCAGUGGUUCAAGGAUCACAGCCAGUAGGGGGGCUCACGACCCCCCUGCGAGGGAGGAGGGCGGGGAACUCCCCCUCGGCCCUGCCAGACCAAAGACUCUCUCACGCCCCUGCCCUGCCCACGUGCUCCCAUGAUGCUUUACAGUGCAGAGGUGCUCCUUCCCGCAGGGCCACGCAGAGGUGCGGCGUUUCCACUCCUACAAUGCACAGGGGCUUUCUUUCCCGCUCUUUCAUUAAUCGAAUGACUAUCUCAGGGGAGGGGGGGCUGAGAGUGGGAAGAAGGGAACAGACUCUGCCCCCCCAUUGCAGUCUCUUUCCCAUCCAGCCCCUUCUGUAUAUGUUUUAUAACCCCCAAUUUGUAAAUAAAGAAUUCUAUAUCUA